AUGCAUCGAAGUUCAACUCCUUAUCGUCCAAAGGCGAACGGAGCUUUAGAAGCUGCCAACAACAACUUAAAGAAAAUACUCUGUAAGAUGGUGCAGGGUUCCCGACAAUGGCAUAAAAAGUUACCUUUUUCUUGGUUGGGUUAUCGUACAACAGUUCAGACUUCAAUUGAUGCAACUCCUUACUUGUUGGUGUACGGAACUGAAGUAGUUAUACCUGCGAAGAUUGAAAUUCCAUCUCUUCGAAUAGUUGUAGAAGCUGAAAUUGAUGAUGACCAAUGGGUCAAGAAUCGUUUGGAGCAAUUAAGCUUGAUUGAUGAGAAAAUAUUAACAUCAUAUGUCAUGGACAACUAUAUCAGAAGAAAAUGGCACGAGAAUAUAAUAAAAAGUGCGUCAUAG